UAUACCUGUCUUAACUUUUUAAGCAUAUUGCUUAAGGCAUUGUUUCAAUAUGGCUGGCAUUCAAGUUGCGCGAAAGAAGAGGACAUUCAAACCUAGACUGGACCCAUUAUCUACACUCACAGCUGCUGAGCUACAGGCAAGAUUUAGAUUUACUCAUGAAGGAAUAGAAUUUAUUACAGAUUUAAUUAGAGAUGACAUUACGCCUUCGACUGGUAGAAAUUAUAGUGUGCCAGCACAUGUACAAGUUAUGGUAACUUUAAGAUAUUUUGCAACUGGCAAAAUGCAGUUAUGCAGCGGUGACAAUUUUGGACUGCAUCAGUCUACCAUUUCCAGAAUUAUUCAAAGAGUUACAACUGCUCUCGUACAGCCACACAUUGUGAAACAGUUUAUUUCUUUUCCAAUGCAAGCAGAGACCAUCAGGAAGCACCAGGCAGAUUUUUUUGGUUUAGCUAAAUUUCCAGGGGUAAUAGGGGCCAUUGAUGGUACCCAUAUUAGAAUUAUUGCACCUAGUGAGCAUGAAGUAGAGUUUGUAAACCGGAAAAAUUUCCACAGUAUCAACGUGCAGAUUGUUUCAGAUGCCCAUCACAGAAUUUUAGAUCUUGUAUCCACAUGGCCAGGUGCAACACAUGAUGCUAGAAUACUACGAGAGAGUGGGUUGUUUCAAAUCUUUAACAGACGCCUCUUGCCCGUGAAAUGCCAUCUUCUAGGCGACAGUGGAUAUCCAUUGAAAGAUUGGUUAUUAACCCCUUAUCUGAACCCAGCAGAUGGACCACAAACCCAGUAUAAUAGGUCUGAAAUUAAGUAGAUUACUGUAUAAAGCAUUUGUUGACUUCUGUUUUUA